UCAGAUAUUUUACAAAUAUUUAUUAAUUUGUCAGAAAAAGAUGGGUUGGUUGAUGUAGAAAAAGUAACUGACUAUAUUAUUGAUAUUAUAUUUGCUGCUAUACAUACAACUUCACAAACUAUUACAAAUGUUCUUUAUGAGUAUGGUGCCCGCCCCGAAUAUUGGAAAGAGUUGCUUGAAGAAAAUGAAAGAAUUUCAUGUGAAGUUAAAGAUGGAUACUUGACUCGUCAAGAUGUUAAAAAAAUGAUUAAAUUGGAUAGUUUUAUAAGGGAGACUUUAAGAAUUUGGCAACCAAUCGUUGGAAUAGAACAUAAAACUCUUAAUGACUCUUUUACAUUCUCAAAUGCAGAGAUUCAUGGCACUGAUCAAAAUGCAAAUAUAUUUGAUGGUUUUCAACACAUUGAAAAAAACACUCAAGCUACAAAAACGGGAAGAGAAUAUGUCCCAUUUGGUUUAGGGAGGCAUGCAUGUCCUGGCAGGUUUUUUGCAUUGCAUCUUAUUAAGAUUACAAUGUAUUUAUUAAUUCAAAAAUAUAAAAUUGUGACUGAAGGUAGAAAUAUUAUUAGACCAAAUUAUGCAG